UUCCCUUCGACGCCCUUGCCAGGCCCAGCCUUCCUGCGCCGCCGCCGCCGCCCUUUGUGCCGCCAUGCCGCUUUAUUCAGUUACUGUGAAAUGGGGAAAGGAGAAGUUUGAAGGUGUAGAAUUGAACACUGAUGAACCUCCAAUGGUGUUCAAGGCUCAGCUUUUUGCACUGACUGGAGUCCAGCCGGCCAGACAGAAAGUUAUGGUGAAAGGAGGAACGUUGAAGGAUGAUGAUUGGGGAAACAUCAAAAUAAAAAAUGGAAUGACUCUACUAAUGAUGGGGUCAGCAGAUGCUCUUCCUGAGGAGCCCUCAGCUAAGACUGUCUUUGUAGAAGACAUGACUGAAGAACAGUUAGCAUCUGCGAUGGAAUUGCCAUGUGGAUUGACAAACCUUGGUAACACUUGUUACAUGAAUGCCACAGUUCAGUGUAUUCGUUCCGUGCCUGAACUCAAAGAUGCCCUUAAAAGGUAUGCAGGUGCCUUGAGAGCUUCAGGGGAAAUGGCUUCAGCACAGUACAUUACUGCAGCCCUUAGAGAUUUGUUUGAUUCCAUGGAUAAAACGUCUUCUAGUAUUCCACCUAUUAUCCUACUGCAGUUUUUACACAUGGCUUUCCCACAGUUUGCGGAGAAGGGUGAACAAGGACAGUAUCUUCAACAGGAUGCUAAUGAAUGUUGGAUACAAAUGAUGCGAGUAUUGCAACAGAAAUUGGAAGCUAUAGAAGACGAUUCUGUUAAAGAGACAGAUUCUUCAUCUGCAUCAGCAGUGACACCUUCUAAAAAGAAAAGCUUAAUUGAUCAGUUCUUUGGAGUUGAGUUUGAAACUACCAUGAAAUGUACAGAAUCUGAAGAAGAAGAAGUCACUAAAGGGAAGGAAAAUCAGCUUCAGCUUAGCUGUUUUAUCAAUCAAGAAGUCAAGUAUCUUUUUACAGGACUUAAAUUGCGACUUCAGGAAGAAAUCACCAAACAGUCUCCGACAUUGCAAAGAAAUGCUUUAUACAUCAAAUCUUCUAAGAUCAGCCGACUACCUGCUUACUUGACUAUUCAGAUGGUUCGAUUUUUUUAUAAAGAGAAGGAAUCUGUGAAUGCUAAAGUUCUUAAGGAUGUUAAAUUUCCUCUUAUGUUGGACGUGUACGAACUAUGUACACCAGAACUUCAGGAGAAAAUGGUCUCUUUUCGAUCAAAAUUCAAGGAUCUAGAAGAUAAAAAAGUGAAUCAGCAGCCAAAGACAAGUGACAAAAAGAGUAGUCCCCAGAAAGAAGUUAAAUAUGAACCUUUUUCUUUUGCUGAUGAUAUUGGCUCCAAUAAUUGUGGAUACUAUGAUUUGCAAGCAGUGUUAACACAUCAGGGAAGGUCUAGCUCUUCAGGCCAUUAUGUAUCAUGGGUAAAAAGGAAACAAGAUGAGUGGAUUAAGUUUGAUGAUGAUAAGGUCAGCAUCGUGACACCAGAGGAUAUCUUGCGGCUUUCUGGUGGUGGAGACUGGCAUAUAGCAUAUGUAUUACUGUAUGGGCCUCGCAGAGUUGAAAUAAUGGAAGAGGAAAGUGAACAGUAAUUUUAGCUAUUUAUGUUUAGGUGUGAAAUAAAUGUUAUUUGUUGAUCAUUUCAAUAAUCCAGAGCUUUAGCAGAAGCUAUUUAGGUGGUUUUAUGUGUAUCCCCUCGUGUGGAACAAAAGAGGGUGGAAGCAGACCACUCUGUGGAUCAACCUAAAAAAAAUUACAGAAUAAAGAAAAUUGCCUUUGGACUGUGCUCCCCUGUAUAAAGGUUGCAGGAAGAUAUUUUUUAAAAGCUUAUUUCUUGCAUUAAUUUUUAAAAAUUCUCAUCUGAAAAUGCCUUUCAACCAUUACCUUCUGUGAUAAAUUUUUCUCCCUUUUUCAGCCCAGGAUUCAGCAAUCAGAUGUUUAUUGCACACCUAUUACUCUUUGUUGUUGUUCUUGCAUGGUUCAAACCACCGGUGAUUCAUAGCUGCCCAUCCUUUGCCUUAUCUAACAAAAAUUUUACCAGGAAGGUAGAAAGGAAGUAAGUGUUUUUCUCAUUGUGUUACUCAGUGCUGCUGCCCACAUCCCAUGGAAACAUGGGUACAAUCAAGUAUUUGUCCAGCC